GGAGCCGCGAGGAGGAGCCGCGAGGAGGAGCCGCGAGGAGGAGCCGUGAGGAGCCGGACUGGAACCGCGGGACGUCCGGGAGAGACGGGGGAGGGGCCUGCGCGCUCCAGGAAACCAGUCUUAAAGCUUAGAGUGUGUGGGAGCGCGCAUUCGCCCUGAGUCUGAGGAGCAUCACUGACACUUGGACAAAACGUUUCCUGAAACUGAGGCCGAAGCCGGAGCGAUGUGCGGAAUCUUUGCCUACCUGAACUACAGAGUGCCACGCACCAGAAAGGAGAUAUUUGAGACUCUGGUGACCGGACUGCGCCGACUGGAGUACAGAGGCUACGAUUCAGCAGGUGUGGCUGUGGACGGGCCCAACAAGAGCACGGACAUCAACGGAAACUCCAUGUGUUUGAUCAAGAAGAAGGGAAAGGUCAAAGCCCUGGACGAAGAGCUCUACAAGAAAGAUUCUCUGGACCUGGACGAGGACCUGCCCACACACUUUGGUCUGGCUCACACUCGCUGGGCCACUCACGGAGAACCCAACGCCGUGAACAGCCACCCGCAGCGCUCCGACAAGAACAACGAGUUUGUCGUCGUCCACAACGGCAUCAUCACCAACUACAAAGAGCUGAAGAAGUACCUGAUCAGCAAAGGCUACGAGUUUGAGUCUGACACCGACACUGAAGUGAUCCCCAAACUCCUAAAAUACGUUUAUGACAACAGAGAGAACAAAGCCGUGACUUUCUCCACACUCGUCGAGAGGGUCACCAAGCAGCUCGAAGGGGCUUUUGCCUUGGUCUUUAAAAGUCGGCAUUUCCCCGGAGAGGCCGUGUCCACCAGGAGAGGGAGCCCCCUGCUGAUCGGUGUGCGCAGUGAACAUGAACUCUCCACGGACCAGAUCCCAGUGCAGUACAACUCAGCGCAAUUCAAGGACGAAGUUCAGGAGAAAAACCACCACAACAGCUCUGACGACAUGAAGUCCACUGGAGAAGGACGAGCAGUGGAGUAUUACUUUGCCUCUGACGCCAGCGCCAUCAUCGAACACACAAAGAAAGUGCUGUACCUGGAGGACGACGACGUCGCCGUGGUGACCAAAGGAGAACUGUCCAUCCACAGAAUGAACCGCCAGGCCGGAGAAGACCCCAUGAGAGCCAUCCAGACCCUACAGAUGGAACUACAGCACAUCAUGAAAGGGAACUUUGACGCUUUUAUGCAAAAGGAAAUCUUUGAGCAGCCGGAGUCUGUGGUGAACACAAUGAGAGGCAGAAUUUGUUUUGACUCCAACACUGUGAUCCUGGGCGGUUUGAAAGAUCAUCUGAAGGAGGUCAAACGAUGCAGGAGGCUCAUAAUGAUCGGCUGUGGCACCAGUUUCCACGCUGCUGUCGCUACGAGGCAGAUCCUGGAGGAGCUGACGGAGCUCCCUGUGAUGGUGGAGUUGGCCAGUGACUUCUUGGACCGAAUCACACCUGUUUUUAGAGACGAUGUUUGCUUUUUCAUCAGCCAAUCAGGAGAGACGGCCGACACUCUGAUGGCUCUGCGUUACUGUAAAGACAAAGGCGCUCUGACCGUGGGCGUCACUAACACAGUGGGCAGCUCCAUCUGCAGAGAGACGGUGUGCGGCGUCCACAUCAACGCCGGCCCCGAGAUCGGAGUCGCUAGCACCAAGGCGUACACCAGUCAGUUUGUGGCUCUGAUCAUGUUCGGGCUGAUGAUGAGUGAGGACAGACUCUCGCACCAGAACAGACGACUCCAGAUCAUCGCUGGACUGAAAAAACUGCCAGACCUGAUCAGGGAGGUCUUGUCUUUGAACGACGACAUUAAGGCCAUUGCCAGUGAGCUGUAUAAGCAGAAGUCUCUUUUGGUCAUGGGACGGGGGUUCAAUUAUGCCACCUGCCUGGAGGGGGCGCUGAAAAUCAAAGAGAUCACGUACAUGCACUCGGAGGGGAUCCUGGCCGGAGAGCUGAAGCACGGCCCCCUGGCUCUGGUGGACAAGGACAUGCCGGUCAUCAUGAUCAUCAUGAAGGACGGAGUUUACACCAAGUGUCAGAACGCUCUGCAGCAGGUCACGGCCAGAUCUGGUCGGCCAAUCAUCAUCUGUUGCAAGGACGACUCUGAGGUCAGUCAGAGCGCGUACCAGACCAUCGCGCUGCCCGAAACAGUGGACUGUCUACAGGGCAUCCUGAGCAUCAUCCCCCUGCAGCUCCUGUCCUUCCACCUGGCCGUGCUCCGAGGCUACGAUGUCGACUGCCCCAGAAACUUGGCCAAGUCUGUGACGGUGGAGUAAGAAGAGUUUACAACGGCCCGAAGAAACAAAAAUAUGAAUCAUGUUUUAGUGCAAUGUUUAAAUGUGUGUGCGUUAAUGUGUGUGUGUGCGUGUGUGUGUGAGAGAGACAGAGACAUGUGUCAUGUGUCAUGUGUCAUGUGUCAUGUGACUUGUGUCAUGUGACUUGUGUCAUGUGACUUGUGUCAUGUGACUUGUGUCAUGUGACUUGCUCGUCCUGUUUUAAAGUUGAAUGUGAAAUAUAAACCAAACUCUGCAGUGAUGCAACAAGGAACAAUCUGCAGAGGGAAAAGUUCAAGACCAAAGAAACUCACUGAUCCUUCCUCCUCUUCCUCCUCCUCCUCUUCCUCCUCCUCCUCUUCCUCCUCCUCCUCUUCCUCCUCCUCUUCCUCCUCCUCUUCCUCCUCCUCUUCCUCCUCCUCUUCCACUUCCUCCUCUUCCUCCUCCUCCUCUUCCUCCUCCUCCUCUUCCUCUCCCUUUGAGCCAGAUCCAGAUGUGACCUUUGACCUUAGCCUGCAGAGGUGUUUGGUGCAAUAUGAGACCCUUUUGCCUUUUGAAUGUACACAAUAAUUCAAAACAUUUGAUCUGAGAUUUUAUUUUAAUAUGAAACUUUAAUAUGAAACUUUAUUAUGAACGUUCCGAUUGUGAAGAUUUGUCCUCGUGGAGCCACGUCGCAGAUGACCUUUAUGACCUUUAUGACCUUUAUGACUCCAUUACUUGAGCUUUUAUUGUGAUUUUGAAUGUUUGCGCGUGCACAGGGCGGUGCACGUGACUGUGUUUACUGGCACGAGCCCGUGCACGUCACUUUAAAUGUUUUGAACUUUAUAAGAUUAUUGUGGGUUUAUAAGAUUAUUGUGGGUUUAUAAGAUUAUUGUGGGUUUAUAAGAUUAUUGUGGGUUUGGAUUUAGUUUAAACAGGGACUGAGAGGGUUUGACGUGAACAUGACGUCAUGAACUGUACGUCAUUAUUACUUUUGUAUAAAAAAAAAUUGUUUUGGGAAAUGAAUCAGUGAAUAACCACGUGACUAGAGGCUGUUGAACUUAGAUGAAAAGAACUGGAAUAAAAAACUGCAAAUCCUAAA